AUGGCUACUACUCAAGAAGGUAACUCCCUAGAACGAAUUACUGUGAAGAUUCCACAAUUUUGGCCAGCAGAUCCUAAGCUGUGGUUUGCGCAGGUCGAGACCCAAUUCUCUUUGGCUCGGAUCACAUCUGAUGAAACAAAAUUCUUUUAUGUUUGUGGAAACCUUGAUGCUAAAUACGCUGCUGAAGUGAGAGACAUCCUCACAAAACCACCAACCGAGGGAAAAUACGAAAAACUGAAAACAGAAUUAAUACAACGCCUAAGUUCUUCACAGGAACAGAAGACCAGACGUCUCCUAGAACAUGAAGAAAUGGGAGACCGUAAGCCCUCGCAGUUCCUCAGACAUCUUCGCGCUUUGGCUGGUACCGUUGUGCCUGACUCUGUUAUGAAAACUCUGUGGUUGAGUCGUCUGCCUUCAUCCACUCAAGCCAUUUUAGCAACACAAAGGUCGUCUGAGCUUGAUGCACUAGCCGAGUUGGCUGACGCCGUGCUUGAAAUUAGUCCGCGACAUCAAGUUACAGAAGCAGCUGUCCCUACUUACAGUCCCAACUCCAUAGAAGCAAUGAUGGAGCGACUGACGAUCCUGAUGACAUCUAAAAUGGGUGAAAUCGUAAGCACUCUUCAGCAUGACAUUUCAUCUAUCAAAGAAGAUCUGUGGUGUAAUCAAAAUCGUCGUCCAACAUGGAGUUCAAGUCCGGUUCGGCGAUCGAGAUCACGCUCCAAGAGCACGACAAGAGACGAUGUUUGCUGGUACCACAAGCGAUUCGGUAAUGCAGCAACUAAGUGCACCAGGCCUUGCAGUUUCCAAGCCAACAACUCGGGAAACGAUCUUGGGAGUCUCUAA